AUGAAAUGUCGGUGGGGGGUGGCCGUGUUCGGUUUCGACAUAUUAUUAACGUGGCCUGAAGUGAUGGCGACCCAGCCAGAAGUCGGUGUGUCCGACUUUGUCCUGCUGGACAAUUUGACUACUGAUACAUUCAUAGAAAAUUUGCAUCUCAGCCAAUGCAACCAAGGUCACAUACGUGACAUAUUCGUAAGAGUGAUCCGUUGUUUCCUCAUGAGGCGAGAGGCAUUGGCGCCGUGUCAAUCCGCUGUGGAGAUUUUCCACAGCGGAUUGGGCCACCGGUAUUUACAUGCCAUCGAGUACAAACACAUGGCGCAAUGGGCAGCGAUGGCC